GAAAUUUCCAUCGUUUCGGUCUGAGUUUCGGCCUUCGUGUACUGUGAAAAUUAAUCAAUGUUUGUUGACUCGCUUACUAUCCCCACUUUUAUUGCCAAGGAAUGCAUAUAUGCCGAAAUUCGAAACACCUUUCAAAGUCUUCCAUGCAUCGAAGAUUCCGCGCCUCGCGUCCUUAAUCAAACCCAAAUCAGGGCUCAGUCGGGAGCGUGUUCCGAACUUCUUUAUAAGAUACCAAAGCUAAUAUCAAUAUUCCCAGCACUAUAGUCUACCCCGCAUCCCAUCCGCACUUGGCAAUCCGUCCCAUCAUCAUCCCAUUAAAUUCGCCACAUCCAACUUGUCAUCACCAAAUACCCAUAGUACAACCCUCACACUCUCAUCAGCCGCAAACACCAACACCAUACUCGGCUCCACAAAUUCUGACAACUGUACAUUUUGCGGGGACAUAAGCGAAGCGAUCUACAGCGGCGCGGCACUUUCCAGUGUACUCAGGCUAUAUCAGCCAGUCAUACACAAGAACCAUGUGCCUAAUAUGACACAAUGUUACCGCCAUAUUGUCUGGAGGCGAAGCAAUUUUAAUAUAGCUGAUGUGCCUGUUGUUUUCAACUCAGUGGGUUUAUGCUGGCUGAUCUGGUAACGAGAUGUGAGAAUUUGAUCAUCGCGUGGUCGGAAAGAGUGGGAAUGUUUUCUUGGAAGGUUGAUAAGUAACGUGAAUGCUGCCAAAAUUUUGAGGUAACAUCGAUUUCGUGUUGCCAUUUGUUUUAGAACUUUUAGAUUUUGGAUUUGAGGGAAUUUGGUGUGCUCAUCAUGCUUUCUUGGACAUGCUCGGUCAUUUUCUAGCUGCCUGGAUCAAGAGCCUCGUCAUGUUUCCAGCGAAAUGGCCAAUAAUACUCACCUGAUGUAUGAGAGGAGGUCCAGCCCACGAUGCUUACUCGGCAGGGAGUUGUAAUCGAAGAAGCAAGAAUAAGCUUAUGUUCGCCACAUAGCUGCAUCCCAAGUUCUACUUGGUACCACUAUCAUCAGGCUUUGUUUGCUCGUAUGGCCAAAACAAGCAUGCCGGAAUCGUGUGGCGUUUUCUUCUGCUCUUUGUGGAAUUAUUCAUUUGAGUGUUUUUUGAAAAGCUGGUAGGACUUACAUCCUAGAUACUCCAGGAUCAAGCCAAAGUUUUGGGCUAUGGGGAAGUCAGAGCAUGUCGUGUCUUGGCUCGACCCUUGAUAUCUGGAAUCUGUUAAAAUCCAUUCACAUGUCAAUUACAACAGGAAGUCAUCUCAAGACUGAGGGUGGAGAUACAGUGUAUCCGUUGAGCUCGUAUAUCAGCAUAAACAGACCAAGGGGUCCAGUUGUCAGCUGCAAGUGAGACCAAAUCCGCCAGAGCGGUCACGGCACAACAGCUACAAGGGAUCUCAGUCAGCUAAAUGCUGCAAGCUGGCAAGCAGUCUGACCAGUCGGGGAUCUCGGAUUAGUUUUCAAAGCUGGUUCUGGACUUAGAACCAUCAAGUGGUAGUCAGCUCAGAUAUCAAAGGCGGGCCAAUGCUUGUUCUAGCCUCAAGCCCCACAGAUCUAUGUACUCAUUCCAGCUGGAUACGAGACGCGUCCUAAGAUACUUGACAGCGCUUUUUACGGAUUUUUCCACCGUCGAGAUAUUUGCUUUCUUCUCUAUAGCUCGGUUACCUGUUUUGGAAAACAGAAUGAGGAGGCAUAUCCAAAAGAGUGGGAAAUCCACUUUCCGACCCUUCUCGGGUGUAACUCAACAUCCUGCGUACACUUGCACGUCCUUUGCGUUCAAAUUCUGCAUUCACUUUUUAUAAGCACAUGCUCCUUUUUUGGGACCUUGGCUUACCACGGAAAAUGUAUACAGGCUGAUGACAUUUCAGUACUAGGAGUUUCGCCUCCAGGCUCUGACAUAUAAAUCCCUCGAUCCCCCUUCACCAUCCACACUUCGCCAUCGAGAUCAUCACCACCACCAUCAAAAUGCUUGGCCGUACAUUCCUCACACUCUUGGUCCAGGUCACUGGCCUGGCUGCCCAAGCACUCGAUGUCAAUGGGCUGUCACUCGCCGAUAAAGUCCUCGCCAUUGAGCGAAUGCUCCUCACGCCAGGAACUAUCAUCUUUCCCGUCACGCCAUGUAACCUGACGCUCAAUGGACCACCUGCCGAUAUAAGUGGUGCGCAGACUGCGGCGCAAUGGGUGAGGACCGUGUUCCAUGACUUUAUCACUGCGGAUGUAGCUGCUGGAACUGGCGGACUUGAUGCUUCUAUCAGCUUUGAAGCAGACCGUGAUGAGAAUCUAGGGCUUGUAUUCUCGACAUUACAUUCGCCACGCCAGUCUUUCAUCAAUGAGACGAUCAUGGGUUUCAACCUAUUCUCCCUGCUCGAAGUCUCUACUGCAGACUUUAUUGCUAUUGGAAUGGCAGUCAGUCUUCUCUCCUGUGAUCCAUCUCAGCGCAUGAUUAAGCUUCGAGCUGGACGCAUAGAUGCUACGAAAGCAGGGCCAACUGGCGUUCCCAAAGCAGAAGAUUCAUUUGAUAAGUCGAAUGCGACUUUUGCAAAGGCUGGAUUCAGUACUAAAGAGAUGAUCCAAUCCAUUGCAUGUGGACAUACAAUUGGUGCUGUUCACAGAAGAAACCACCCUGAAAUCGUCCUCGACGACGAAGUCACUGGCACCGACCCAGAAAUGGACGGCGCCGACACAUUCGACACCACCCCCUUUGUAUUCGAAAACAAAAACGUCCAAGAAUACCUAACCUCCAGCGGCAAACGCGGCGGCCCCCUCGUAACCACCAAAAACACCACCUUCCGCUCCGACCUCCGCAUCUUCACCCACGACAACAACGCCACCAUCCGGGCCAUGUCAUCGCCUCAAGCCUUCCAAGACACGUGUUUCUCCGUCUUCGAGAAGAUGAUGGAUACGGUUCCAAGAGGAGUCGCGUUGUCGGACCCGAUUGUGCCCAGGAAGUGGAUUUUGAUGGAGAGUCAUUUGGAUUUGUCGCCUGGUGGACAGGUGGUGUAUUCGGGGAAUAUAAGUACGUAUGAGAGGGGACAGGUUCCUGGAAAAGCGAUCUAUUAUUAUGGGACCACGGGGGGUGGGAAUACGGGGUAUCCGUUGGUUAGUCAGGGGCCUGUUAUCCAAGACAACAUCGUCAACGGCGUAGUCUCUGACCCAUUCGGCGACAUCGCACUCUACUCAUUCAACGAUACAUUGAACAGCCCCUCGGUAAAAAGCAUCACCAUCCAAGACGUCAACAAAAAAGACGCAUACACAGAAGCUAUCAACCUCAACAUCUUCGUUGUUCCAUCUUUGACAUUUUCAGAUAAUUCGAAUCCCAGAAGACCGAGAUUCAUCGUCCGAGCCGCGCUCCUCACCACCCUCUCCACCCCAACUACAACCCUAACCGGCACAUUCUUCUACGGCGCGAUCCAACCCCUCUCGGUAGCCCCGAAAUACACACAAGUGAAAUUCACUCUCACUUCCUACAGGACCCUCGGUGCAUAUACACUGUUCCAAGGUAUUGUUGCGCAGCCGGGUGAUCUUGCGCCCGGUGGUGGAGCGAGGAGCGUGGAUGUUAUGCUGGGGAAUGGAGGAGGCGGUGGGGGGUUGAGGAGCGUGAAGACGAAUCUGGGGAGUUUUAGGACGGGGUAUUUUGGGUUUUGUACGAAGGCGGAUUUGAGGAUGUGUUAGAGGGGGAGGAAAAGGUGGAAGGAUUUGGAGAACGGGAGGGGAGGGGAGGAAAAGGUGUAUGGUGAUGGGAGGAGAGUUGGGUGUGGCUCGGAAUGUUUUUAUGAGUGGGUUUUGAGAGGGUGUUGAAUUGAGGCAAAGGUGGAGAGUAAGAGGGUGAGUGAGCAUAUAGUUUUAAGUACUCAGGCAGACAAUCCUGGGAGGAGGAUCUCCUUACAUGCGCACAAUAUACAAUCAUCAUUAUGCGCGUCAAUUCAUAAAAGUGCCCCCCCUUUUUUUCCCCAGUCCGAGCCGAAAUGCCAUACGCCCAAACUACACAACAUCUCUUUGUCAUCUCCCGAAACCAAAACCAAAACCAAAACCAUGCCAGUCUGUUUCUGUUUACCUGCCUAACCUAACCCAACUUAAGCGAGACAGACAAACAACCCUUCGCCACUUCGCCCCUAC